CCUUGCGAUGAAAUUACAGUCAAGCAUGUCGGUUUCUUGGCAAUGUUGAUUUAUUUAUCGUAGUGGAUAUCUUGGGAGGGUACUGUAAGUUCGUGUCAUUUAAAAAAAGUUACAUCUACCACAGUCUUGAACAAUCGCCAGCGACUUAAGGGAUGGCGUGAAUCCCCCUGGGUACCACGCAGGUAGCAGAGAACGUGACUAUCACAGAGAGACAAAAUGGAGGCGUCGUACAGCACCCAGACUGGAGAAACUAAGACCCUGGGGGUGGUGGACUUUGUUGUGUUUGCCAGCACACUUUCUGUCAUGUUAUUUAUUGGACUAUAUUUUGCAAUGAAAAGCAAGAAGGAUCACGAUCCAGCUGAAUAUCUGGUGGCAGGAAGAAGUAUGGGGGUACUUCCGGUAUCCUUGUCCUUGGCUGUGACGUUCCUUUCGGCCUUGACCUUGCUAGGACUUCCGGCAGAAAUCUACAACUACAACACGAUGUUCUGGUGGCUGGCUCUGGGGAUGGUGCUGGCAGUGGCGGGAGCUGCCCACGUGUUCAACCCUGUGCUGUACAACAUCGGGAUCACCAGCGUGUACGAGUAUAUCCACAUGAGAUACGGGAGAAGUGUCAGAGUGUUGGUAUCAUUCAGCUGGGUAAUCCAAACGAUGUCCUACAUGGGAACCGUGCUGUAUGCUCCUUCGCUUGCACUGAAAACAGUAAGCGGCAUGGAACUCUGGGUGUCCAUUGUGACGGUGGGAUGUCUGGUCACUCUGUAUACAUCACUGGGGGGCAUGAAGGCUGUUCUGUGGACGGACAGUUUCCAGGCAGUUCUCAUCCUCGUGGGCCUUCUGUCGGUCUUUAUACAAGGAUGUAUCACCAUCGGGGGAUUUGGACGGGCUUGGGACAUUGCAAGCGAAAACUCCAGAAUCUACUUUCAUGAUUUCAGCGUGGACCCGAGAACCCGUGCCUCCUUCUGGUCCGUGGUUGUUGGGGGCGGGAUAAUGUGGAUGUCCUACUACUCCGUCAGCCAGAGUCAGGUGCAGCGGUUCCUCGCCUGCCGAACGCUCAGGAAGGCCCAAAUAGCCAUGUGGUUCAGCGGGGUCCAGCUGGUCGUCAUUGUCAGUCUGUGUUGCCUGGUUGGGGUGGUUCUCUUCGCCUUCUACAAGGACUGUCAUCCCCUCCACUACAAUCUCAUCAGCAACACGGACGAGUUACUUCCUCUGUUUGUGAUGGACAUCUUGGGGCAUCUGCCGGGUCUACCUGGAAUCUUCCUGUCCUGUAUCUUCAGUGGCAGUCUCAGCACUCUCUCAUCCGGGAUGAAUGCUGUGUCGGCGGUGGUGCUACAGGACUACAUCCGACCUUUCUGCAGCUGUAACAUCAACAACUUCACAGCAACUGUCAUUACCAAGGCGACAACUGCAGUGUGUGGGGGUAUCAGUGUGGGACUAGCGUUCGCUGCAUCAAGGUUGGGGCCGCUGUUACAGCUCUCCUACGUGGCCUUCAGCGUCACGGACGGACCUGUGUUUGGAGUCUUCAUACUUGGAAUGUUCUUCCCUAGAGCCAAUAAAUGGGGAGCUCUCUGUGGCUACAUGGCGAGCAUCAGCAUCCUCAUGUGGAUUGCACUUGGAGCCCUCAUCCACAACAUCACCACGCCCGUGUCUCAGUUCUCUGUUCAGGGCUGCAACUGGAACGCUACCAACUCCACCAUGCCCACAGCCCCUACCGCCAACAACACCAUGUACGCCGAAGGGGACCACGGCCUCGGUAUCUACCACCUCUCCUUCGUCAACUACACAGCCACAGGGGCCUUCAUUUGCGUUUUCGUCGGCACAAUUGUCAGCCUCAUUACGGCUGAUACUCAGUAA